AGGGGCUGGGUUUCAGGUUCACCUUGACUCCUGGAGCCGCAGUGGGGCAGGUACCCGCCGCUGCACCUGUUUCUCUGGCACCUGCCGCACAGCUGCUCCCACCCAGAUCUUCUCGCCGGAGCCUUGCCUGGCGUGGAACCCUGGAGGCACCCCUACCUCUCCCAGCCUCCCGCCCGGGCAGCUGUCACACUCAGCUCCUUCUCUAAGGAAGGUUUCACCUCCAGCCCGGAGCAGUCAGGAUUACAGAAAGCCCCACCUUCGGUUCCGGGGACGGCCAUGACCGAAGUCGGCUGGUGGAAGCUGACCUUCCUCCGGAAAAAGAAAUCUGCUCCGAAGGUGCUGUAUGAGAUCCCCGACACCUAUGCUCCAACGGAGGGCAGCGCCGAGCCCCCUCGGCCUGAGGGGGGGGACCCCAAUGGCAACUAUAACACCCGCCUGGAGAAGAUCGUGGACAAGAACACAAAGGGCAAGCACGUCAAAGUCUCCAAUUCAGGCCGCUUCAAGGAGAAGAAGAAAGUUCGGGCCACGUUGGCAGAGAACCCCAACCUCUUUGAUGACAGGGAAGGCAAAGGACAGUGAAGGAGGCCAAGGAGGAUCCUAAUACCUCCCUACUCCUGCCGUCAGCCGGACCUGCGACAGGAGCUGGCCACUCUGGCCUCCUUGGCCACAGCUGACUCCGUGGGGCCCUUGAUGCCUGCUGGCAGGCAGGGUCUGGUUUUAGGUUUGUAUUUAUGUGCCCCAGCUUUCUGGAAGGUCUGGGUUCUCCCAAGGUCGUCCCACGUCCCCAGCACAUACAAAGGCACUCCAGUCUAAGGAUGAGAAGUCCUAUGCAGAAGGACAGCCCUCCUCAGAGCCGUGGCAGUGCCGGCAGGGAGGUGGGCAUGGCGAGGGGCGGAGAGAGGGGGCGGACAGACUUCUCCUCCGGUGGCACAGGGUCAAGGGUGAGUUUCGAUUGCUGCUCGCUUUACUUUUCUCUACCCACAGCUGUUCCCUGGACCAAUUCUAAGCAUGACUUUUCCAGAAGCCACAUGAUGGGGUGGUUUCCUGGAGCUGGAGGAGGCGGAGACCCUGAACUUGAACUUACCUCCUCCCACAUGAGGGAAACUUCUGGAACUUUUCCCCUAGGUGUGCAAGGAGAGAAGGACACUGGCACUCUGGGGGGGGGGGGGUUGGGUUUGCUGCAGAAGACCAGGUGAGGGCCCCACAGUUUCCUGCACACAUCCUCAAAGGGACAGUGCACGGGCUCAUGGGUCCAAAUUCAGGGAGCGGCUAGGGAGGCUCUGAUAGGACCUAAAACCCGCCAGCAAUCUUCUCCCCUCCUACUGGUAUUUAAGAAGGACAAGCCCCAGAGAUGAGUCCUGGAGCCUUGAAUUUUGUUUAAAAAAAUAAUUGUAGGUUUCUCUCUUUGUAAUAAACAAUGCUGCAAAAGCAGAGAACCUA